AUGCAGCCCCUGGUCCUGUCUGAUAUCUCUCCUACCCUGUGUACUCUUACGAUUGACUUCCCUGAUGAGCUCGGCCCGAUACUCUCAUCCAUCGUCGAUGAACGCGGCACCCCACCUUUGCUGCUGCAGCUGUUUCCAUUGUCCCCUGAAGGUCUGAGCAUCGAGGCGUAUCUGCUUCCUGCCGAAGUAUACCCAUUCCGACUAUGCAUGUGUGCAAUUGAGGAGCUUGCAGCUCAUUUGCAUCCUGUAGCCACUGUGUCGUGGUUCAAUGACCCCCACGACUUCAACCUCAAAGCCUUUGCCACACUGACUCGACUCCAUGUCAACGUCAGCAUGAAGGAUCUGCCUUCUGUCCUCAUCGGUUGCUCGACAUGGUCGUCUGACUGCAGAUCUCUUAGGAUUUCUGAAUUCAACCUUGUUGUGACACUGCACAUUAGUCAGACGCAUCUGAUGGAAGCUGCAUUCCAUUUGUCUCCCCUCCUGCUAAUCCUUGCUAGUACUCCUGACAACUAUUAUCGAGCUCUUCGUGGAACGUUUCGGUUAAUGUUGGACGGGAGCAUUCUCGACAAACUGAAAAAGCACGAGUUGGUAAAGGCGACUAUUGCAGAUCUCUUCCUACUCAGCAACAAAAAUGUCCCUCUGUCUGGUUACCUGCUGUUGUUGUUCAGCAGUGCAGGACGCUUCGCUUGUCUGUCGAUCUAUGUCCUAUUUGUGUGCAGCACUCUGCUUACCAUAUCCAUUGUCAUGGUGGACCCUGUUAUGCGUCGAUUCCCUGUGUUUUCGUAUGGCAGACCUUGGAUAUUCAGAUAA